AGCUCUCACACCUGCCAUAUGCAAUGCAAAUGCCCCACUAUAUGAGAGCUGCUACAAGCGCGAUCCGCACCUCCAGUUUUAUCACGAGGCAUAGCUGGAGCAAAAUUAACCUCCCUUGCAAGAACGCUUUCGCUUUGCAAGAACGCGCCUUUUCUGUUUCCCGUAUAUCCAGACACCCUGAGUGGCCAUACCUCUACAGCGCGAAACAAAUCAUGGCACCACAGUUGGACGCGUACUUCAAGCAGGUCGAUGACCUGUCGGAUGCAUUCAUAGAUCGUCUGAGAAAGGCUGUUGCGAUACCCUCGGUGUCUGCAGACGAGGAGCGACGGGCAGAUGUCGUCCGAAUGGGCGAGUUUCUCGCAGAGGAGCUUAAGAAAUUAGGUGCAGAAGUACAAAUCCGGCCCCUGGGCAAGCAGCCUCACAAGGAGCAUCUCGAUCUUCCUCCCGUGGUCAUCGCCCGCUACGGCAACGAUUCCAAAAAGCGCACGAUCCUUGUGUACGGCCAUUAUGACGUGCAACCGGCUCUGAAGGAAGACGGUUGGGCGACGGAGCCUUUCACGCUCACGAUCGAUGAAAAGGGCCGCAUGUUCGGACGGGGCAGCACCGACGACAAGGGCCCAGUGCUUGGCUGGCUCAACGCCAUUGAAGCACAUCAGAAGGCGGGCGUAGAGUUCCCUGUGAAUCUUCUCAUGUGCUUCGAGGGUAUGGAAGAGUAUGGCAGCGAGGGCCUGGACGACUUCAUCAACGCCGAGGCAAAGAAAUUUUUCAAGGACGCGGACGCGGUCUGCAUAUCGGACAAUUACUGGCUGGGCACCGAGAAGCCAUGCUUGACGUACGGUCUGCGAGGCUGCAAUUACUACUCCAUCGAAGUGUCCGGCCCGGCUCAGGACCUGCACAGCGGUGUUUUUGGUGGCACCGCCCACGAGCCUAUGACCGAUCUAACCAAGAUUAUGGCCUCUCUGGUCGAUGUAGACGGCAAGAUCCUCAUCCCCGGAUUGGACGAACUCGUCGCACCGCUCACAGAGGAGGAGAAGGGCCUGUACAGCGACAUUGCGUUCACCAUGGACAAUCUCUACGAGUCGUUAGGCAGCAAGACUGGUCUCUUUGAGGAGAAGGAGCGCACUCUCAUGGGCCGUUGGCGUUAUCCUUCGCUCUCCCUUCACGGCAUCGAGGGCGCCUUUUCCGCACCAGGCGCAAAGACGGUCAUCCCGGCCAAGGUGAUCGGCAAGUUCUCCAUCCGGACCGUUCCAAACAUGGAAAUCGACGACGUGAACAAGCUCGUCUUCGACUACGUCAACGCCCAGUUCGCAAAGCUGAAGUCGAAGAACAAGUGCACCGUGAGCUGCCAGCACGCGGGUAAAUGGUGGGUGGCAAGCCCCAAGCAUUGGAACUUCACAGCCGCUGGCAAGGCUGUUGAGCGCGUGUGGGGGGUGAAGCCCGAUCUUACGCGCGAAGGCGGUAGCAUUCCUGUAACGCUGACGUUCGAGCAAGCGACAGGGAAAAAUGUGCUGCUGUUGCCGAUGGGAAGCUCGACGGACGCGGCGCACAGCAUCAAUGAAAAGCUGGACAAGAAAAACUACAUCGAGGGCAUCAAGUUGCUGGGUGCGUAUCUGCACUACGUUGCUGAAGAGCCAAUGCAAGAGGGAUAAGCUGUAGACACGACUGGAGGUCAUCUUUGUCACACCAGUCUCCAUGCAGUUUGAAUUUUCCAAGGACAAGUCUUCUCCCCUUUUUUUGGCGGCGCAAAAUAGCAUUUUAUUUUCCUUAUAAAAUGCAAGCAUACGUAAUAGACGCCUGCAAUGCCGUCCUCAUUUGGAACAAUAUAUAUAUAUAUAGCAAAAAUCUCCAAGUGGAACGCUGGCGUAUUCAGCCGAUGCAAGGCAUAUCUUACAUUAGAA